CCAUCGCUAAAGCCUCAGUGUCAGAUUUCCUUAGUGAUCCGGACCUUCUUUCUACAUAACUCACUGAGGCUGAAAUUCAGACUGAAAACAGUUAAUUUGUCAUGAAUCCAGAAGGACAAGGAAACAUCCCUUGCCGAUGAUAUAAAAUGGCAGCCACAGUGCAACAAAAAAAGGGGCAACAACUGAGACAAGUUCAUAUUGGAAGAAAUCCAUUCUGUCCUCAGGAAUCAAAUCAUCAGAGCAGGCUGGGUGAUUCAGCUUCAAAAACAAUGAAACUAAAGUCAUUUGUUGUCACAAUAGCACUUCUCCUUCAAAUUUCCAUGGUAGGAGGGCAAACAUUUUGUAAUAGAUCCUUGAUGUCUGAAUGGAAUACCCAGCCAACAUUACAUACAGUGAAAUGGUCACUGAGCCAAGACAUCUGCUCCAGCUUCUUCACAGAAUGUUGGAAUAUUGAUUCGUACCAUGGAAGCAGUACUGCAGACAACGUGCCUCUGAGAUUAUCCCAGAUUUGUCCUCUGCAACUUCAGCUGGGAGAUGUGCUCUUUGUUUCAUCGGAGCCAUCUUUUCAGUCUUAUGGCAUGAACCUGGCAAAUGUUUCCUUGGAAGAAUUUAUUCGAUGCCCUCAACCAAGAGAUGUCCAUCAGCAUCAGCUUCUAUUUGACCAUGGAUUAAAUGGAAUGCAUCAAAUUGUUCCCAAGUGGCUUGGCGUUGGAACACAUUACUUUGCAGAGGUCCCAAUACGAGGACCACUUUUAUGUCAUUUUGGACUUCGAUUGAAUGUGACAGUGAAGCCACAUGCUUGUCAGAAGUUUUCAAACUCAACGUUUUGCUCUGGUCAUGGCAAAUGUUUAAGUCAUAUCUGGGAUGGAGCCUAUCAUUGCCACUGUAGUCAUCCCUAUUCUGGACAGUUCUGCCAAGAAAUUGAUAAGUGUUCCAGUAAACCUUGCCACAAUAGCGGCAUCUGCAUUAGCAGAAAGAGCCAAAGAGAAGAUGCUGAAGAUUCAUAUGAAUGUAUUUGCCCCCCCUCAUUUACAGGAAGAAACUGUUCAGAAAUAAUUGGGCAGUGUCAGCAACAUUGUUGUGGCAACGGUAGCUGUAGCAAUACUUCUCCAAAUACUUUUAGAUGCCGAUGUGAUAAAACUGCUACAGGUCCAUUUUGUGAAGAGACCAUGAAACCGUGUAGUUCUCAGCCAUGCCAGAAUGAAGCUGUAUGCUACAACAAUCCUUCCGGGUACAGUUGUGCCUGUCCUCCCGGAUUCCUUGGGCCCAAUUGUGAAACUGAUAUAAAUGAGUGCUUUUCUGGACCAUGCCAGAAUGGAGGCAUAUGUCACGAUCGGCCAAAUGAUGCGUCAUGUACCUGCUUGCCAAUGUUCACAGGUAAAUUCUGUGAAAAGUCGGUGACCCUUUGUGAACCUUCUCCCUGCCUAAAUAAUGGCAGUUGCAUAGAUGAGGUGGAGAGCUAUCACUGCAGGAAUUGGUGGACAGCAUUAGAAAAAAAUAUUCAAAGCUGCAUGCCAAGCUACACUGGAAGAAACUGUGAGGAAGUAAUUGACUACUGCAGGUUACUCAGCAUCAGCUGUCUGAAUGAAGGAUUGUGUCUCAAUAUAAUUGGAGGAUUCAGUUGCCUCUGUGCUCCUGGAUGGACUGGACAAUUUUGCCAAUUUGUAGAAAAUCCCUGCUUAAUUUAUCCAGCCAAUUGCCACCCUGGAGCUACUUGUAUUGAUAUAAGCCAAUCAAAGUUGCAACCACAGACUAAAUGCUUGUGUCUACCUGGUUUCACAGGAACUUUCUGUGAGAUGGAAAUCAAUAAAUGUGACAGUAAUCCCUGCAAAAAUGGAGGCUCCUGCAGAGAUAAUGUAGGCCUGUAUAAGUGCAUCUGUCCAUUGGGAUUCCAAGGUCAGCAGUGUAAAGUAAAUAUUGAUCCCUGUUUGUUUCACAAUAUAACUUGCAACUCUGGAGCUCAGUGUGUGGACAAACCUUAUGACCUGGCAUAUAUAUGCAGGACAGCAUGCAAGGAAAAUUCAGAGCCCUGUGUGAAUGGAAGAUGUUUCCAUGAUGAAGACAACCAGAAUUAUCUAUGUGUUUGUGCGCCUGGGUGGACAAGACCUACAUGCCUGGAAAAUAUUAAUAACUGUGAAAUGAGCUGGUGCCAGAAUGGAACUAUUUGUGAAGAUGGAAUCAAUGAAUACAGGUGUUUGUGUCCUGCAGGUUAUUCUGGGGCAUUCUGUGAACUUGGCUUAGACAUGUGCCUUCACCAUUGUUGCUCAGACCAUGGCUUUUGUGUAGCUAAUCAGAAUAAUUACACCUGCCACUGUGUGCUUGGCUACGAAGGACCAUUGUGUGAAGUGGAAGCUAACGAAUGUUCAAAUUCACCCUGCAAAAAUGGGGCCACCUGUUUGGAUUUAAUUGGCCACUUCUUGUGUCACUGUGCCACCGGCUUCAAAGGUGAAACAUGUAACAGGACAGCAGAGCUAUGUGCUGAUGGGCCCUGCAGGAAUGGUGGUACUUGUGAAGAAACUGUAAAUGGCUUCAAAUGCUCCUGUCUAUCAGGAUUUGAAGGUCUGAACUGUGAAAUCAACUUUGAUGACUGUUCCCGCAGCUUCUGCAAAAACAAUUCAACGUGUUUAGAUCUGGUUGAAGAUUACACUUGUGUUUGUCCUCCAGGUUUCACUGACAAAAACUGUUCAAUGGACAUUGAUGAAUGUGCCUUCAAGCCCUGCAAAAAUGGAGCCAGUUGCCAUAAUUUGAUUGGCAAAUUUUACUGUAACUGCUUGCCAGGUUUUCUGGGUGAACUCUGUGAAUCAAAGGAGGAUAGUUGUCUCUCCCAGCCCUGUGGAACUACCAGCCUCUGUCAGGAAGACCUGGAUGGCUAUAGCUGUUUCUGUGCACCUGGUUUUAUAGGUGUGAACUGUGACAUAGAAGUGAAUGAGUGCCUAAGUGGUCCAUGUCACAAUGGGGCUACGUGCAUCAAUCAGCUUAAUGCUUUCAACUGUCUGUGCUCUAGUGGAUUUGAAGGUACACUUUGUGAAAUCAACACAAAUGAAUGUCACUCCAACCCUUGUAUCCAUAAUGGAACCUGUAUGGAUCUUAUCAAUGGAUAUAGCUGUAUCUGCUUAUCUGGCUUUGCUGGUAUUCACUGUGAAAGUGAUCUAGAUGAGUGUGCUUCUUUCCCCUGCAAGAAUGGAGGCACCUGCAUUGACCAGCCCGGUAAUUACUCCUGCCAGUGUGUGGCUCCAUUUAAAGGUUCCAACUGUGAAUUCAAACCCUGUGAAGGUGGUAAUCCCUGUGAAAAUGGAGCUGCGUGUCUACAAGAGCUAGACUUAACUGCUUUUCCUCUUGGAUUUCAGUGCCAGUGCAUAAAAGGCUUUGCAGGACCACGCUGUGAGAUCAACAUCAAUGAAUGCAGUUCCAACCCUUGUAUGCACGGUUAUUGCUAUGAUGUUAUUGAUGGCUUCUACUGCUUUUGCAACCCUGGGUAUGCUGGACAAAUAUGUGACCAAGACAUUGAUGAUUGCAUCAUUAAUGAAUGCAAACACAAUUCGACCUGCAUGGAUCUUCAUCUGGGUUACCAGUGUAUCUGCCAGCCUGGCUGGGAAGGGCCAUUUUGUGAAUCUGAAUCUAAUGAGUGUAACUGUGGUCUGUGUAAAAACAGUGGAACAUGCAUUGAUCUCUUCAAUGACUUUCGAUGUGUAUGCACAGCAGGCUGGACAGGACAACAGUGCAAUGAAGAUAUAAAUGAAUGUGAAUCUGCACCCUGCUUGAAUGGAGCAACCUGCUAUGAAUCCAUUGUCCCUGGUCAAUUCUUCUGUGCUUGCCCUCCAUUUUAUAUUGGAAAAAAAUGCCAGUAUCACCAUAAUCCAUGUGAUGCUCCCUACAAUCCAUGUAGAAACAAUGCUACUUGUUUGGCCCAAGUUGAUGGGAAGCCGUUAUGCAUCUGUCAAAAAGGAUUUGAAGGUACUUACUGUGAAAUUGACAAUAAUGAAUGCAUCUCCAACCCAUGUAAGAAUCAAGGUCACUGUGUGGAUGGGGUAAACAGUUAUAGGUGCUUUUGCAGAGAUGGCUUUUUUGGGAUACUGUGUGAAGGGGAGAUUAAUGAGUGCCUAUCAAGUCCCUGUGCAAACGGCGGAACAUGCAUAGAUCUCACAAACAGGUUCCUUUGCAACUGCCCUGUUGGCUUCUAUGGGGCAUUCUGUGAAGUGGAUAUAAAUGAGUGUGAAACGGUUCCUUGUUUGCAUGGAGGAAGUUGCUUCAACAAGCCUGGAGGCUACCAGUGUAUUUGUGAUUCUGGUUUCACAGGUAAGCAGUGUGAAGUGGAUAUAGAUGAGUGUGCCUCAGCACCUUGCCUCAACAAUGGAACCUGUGUUGAUCACAUCAACUAUUACAACUGUCAUUGCCAACGUGGUUUUACUGGCAUAAAAUGUGAAACAAAUACUGAUGAAUGUUCCUCAACACCUUGUCUUCAUGGAAGAUGCAUUGAUCUCAUAGAUGGAUAUCGAUGCAGCUGUGUUCCUGGGUGGACCAGCUCAAGAUGUGAACUUAAUGUUAAUGAAUGUGAAUCAUCCCCUUGCCUUAAUGGUGGCUCUUGUCAAGAUUUGGUCAAUGCAUUCGAGUGCAUUUGCUUGAGUGGAUACAGAGGUGAAUUUUGUGAGGUGGAUAUUGACAUUUGCACUGAACUGCUGCUGAACUCAUCCCUCUGCUUCAAUGGAGGGAAAUGCAUUGACGGCCCUGGAAGAACUUUUUACUGCAGGUGCCUCAAUGGAUUUUCUGGCCAAUUUUGUGAAAUAGACUUGAAUGAGUGCAGCUCUUCUCCUUGCUUACAUGGCUCAGUCUGUGAAGAUCUUAUUAAUGGAUAUUUCUGCAGAUGUCAGAAAGGCUGGGAAGGGUUCAGAUGUGAAGAGGAUAUCAAUGAAUGUGCAUCUCACCCUUGUGUACAUGGAAUAUGCAUCCAGAGGGAACCAGGCCUGGGUUACACCUGUUAUUGCACAUCUGGAUAUGUGGGUGAACACUGUGAGCUUAAUUACAAUGACUGCUUAAUGAAAACCUGCCCUGCUGGAUUUUUCUGUGUGGACGGAAUCAACAGUGUCUCCUGUUUGCCUGAGGCCCCCAAUAAAGUCCAUAGUAACUCUAGUAUGGAAGGGGUGUCUCCAACCCAACCACUGGAGAGAGGACUCUCACAAGCUCAGCCAAGCUACUUGUCUGGUGAUGUUUCUGGUCCUCAAAGGUUCACAGAUUUUAGCUAUAUUCAGUACCAGGGGAAUUCUUAUAUGGAAUUUAGAGGGAUUACUUUGCGUCAGCACAAUAGCAUCAAUUUACAAUUCCAGACCUUUGGCUUCCACGGCCUCCUUCUCUAUAUUGAACAGAAGCCAACAACAAUGGGCAACUUUGUUAUUCAGCUUUCUAUCCAGCGUGGUAUCUUAGAGUACCAAUUCAAAUGCGAUAGCGGAGAUGAAAUUAAAAAGAUCAGUACUGAUAUCAGGGUGGAUGAUGGACAGAAAUAUGAAGUGCACAUUAGGCAAGAUCUGGAAACACGUGAGGCUGUCGUGACUAUCCCAGGAAUUACUAUGAAAAGGUCCAGAAUCGGCAAUCCCUGGUCAUCUCUCAUUGGGCAGCCAACAGGACCAAUAUUUAUAGGUGGCCUACCACAUCACUAUGCAAUAAAGCAGGUAGCUGGAUCCAUCUACAAUUUUACUGGCUGUAUAGAAGUUACAGAAAUCAAUAACCUGGGACCUUACACCUUUCCUAAUGCUGUGGAUAAAAACAAUAUUGACAGCUGCAGAUUUCCUGCCUCUGAAAAGAAUGCGGCAACUCUUUUGGGUCCAGGCCCUGAUUCACUCAAGGCAGUUUUGACAUCAACUGCUCUCCCAGCUUUAUUCUCAGUCUGCCAAGAGGACUUGUGUUGUAAUGGAGGAAGUUGCCACCAGAUUAAUCUUCCUGAUGGUGUGACCUCAUUUCGAUGUGACUGCGCUCUUCAUUUCACUGGGCGUUUCUGUGAAAAAGAUACAACGUUAUUCUUCCCAUCAUUCAGUGGAAACUCCUAUUUAGAACUACCUUCACUAUCCUCCCUGUUGGAGGAUAGAUUUGCAUCAGGGCAAGAACGGAACAAGGUGACAAUCUACUUGACUGUGAAAACAACUGCUUUAAAUGGCACUCUCCUUUACGCUAAUGAUGAAUUUUCAGAAGAACAUUUCCUUCAUCUUUACCUCAUGAAUGGGAAGCCAACUGCUCGAUUUGGCUGUGGCCCUUCUCCAAACAUUUUGACAGUGACUGCCAAUCACUCCAUUAACAGGGAUGUCCUUGUACCGAUCACACUAAGCUAUAUGUUGUCUUUGGGCAGCCCUGAAGGUUAUUGUCUGAUUGAAAUGGCUGCAGAUGAAAUUCCUUCUGUCCAUCAGAGGACCUCUCUGCCAGCGCAAAUGACUCAGCUUAUCUUUGGGCCAAUAUUCCUUGGAAAUGUCCCUUCUCAUCGCAUAAACAUUCAUCCAAAUUCUGGAAAGAUUUAUGGCUUCAGGGGCUGCAUCAGAGAGUUGCAAGUCAACACUCAAGAACUCUCCAUUAUAGAGGAAGCAUUGGAAGGACAGAACAUUGACAACUGUAAUAUUCCGGUUUGCGACUAUCAUCCAUGCCGCAAUGGUGGUACAUGCACAAGUGACACAGAGAACUGGUUCUGUGAAUGUCCUCCUAGCUAUUCUGGAAAAUUAUGUCAGCUUUCAAACUGUGAGCAAAAUCCAUGUGGGAAUGGAGCAACUUGUUUUCCUAAAUCCAAACAGGAUGUUGUGUGCCUCUGUCCAUAUGGAAGAACUGGAAUUCUUUGUAACGAUGCCAUUAAUAUAACCUCUCCUAGCUUCAGUGGAACAGAUGCUUUUGGCUAUACCUCGUUCCUAGCAUAUUCAGCAAUUCCAAACAUCAGCCUAUGCUAUGAAUUCCACCUGAAAUUUCAGCUGGCCAACCACAACUCAUCGCUACAAGACAAUCUCCUCUUUUUCACUGGUCAGAAGGGCCAAGGUCUUACUGGGGAUGAUUUCCUAGUGUUGGGACUGCGAAAUGGUAGCUUGGUGUACAGUUACAAUCUGGGAUCUGGAAUCGCAACUAUUACUAGUGAACCACUUGAUCUGACACUUCUCAUUCACACAGUCAGCCUUGGCAGAUUUCUUAGAAGUGGCUGGAUGAAGGUGGACAAUCAAAAAAACAAAACUAUUACGUCACCAGGAAAGUUGACGGGACUCAAUGUUUUUAGUCAGUUUUAUGUAGGAGGGUAUAUUGAAUAUAUUCCAGAAUUCUUACCCAAAGGAUCCAGUUUUAAGAAUGGCUUUCAAGGUUGUAUUUUUGACCUCCAAGUCCGGGCUGGAAAGGAUCAGGAGUUUAAAGCACCAGGAAUUCCAGAAGGCCAUCCUAACACUGGUCGCAAUGUAGGACAAUGUGAAGUGUCUCCGUGCCAACUGAUAACAUGCAGAAAUGGGGGAACAUGCAUGGAAAGUGGCUCUGCGGUAUACUGUCGUUGCUCUUCUGGUUGGACAGGGGCUUUCUGUACAGAAAAAAUGUCAAUGUGUGAUCCUGAGCACAAGUCCCCGCAUCAGUGCAAGCAAGGUUCCACCUGCGUCUCCGUGCCUGAUGGAUACAACUGUCACUGUGCCUUGGGAACCACCGGCACAUAUUGUGAACAAGCCUUAACCAUUAGUGAUGCGUCAUUCAGCAACCGCAAAUCUUCCUGGAUGUCAUUUGAGCCCUUCAACAUUCGACACAAAGUUCAUAUCUGGAUGCAAUUCCAGACCUUUUCAGGAAACGGCAUCCUCUUUUACACUGCUCAGCAUCUGAGCUCACGAUCAGGGGACUUCCUAAGUAUCACCAUGGCAAGUGGAUAUAUACAACUACGUUACAACCUUGGGGACAGAACAGUAGUUUUACAGACAUUCCAACCUGUCCAUAGCACAAAUAAGACCUGGCUUUUAAUUAAAGCAGGAAGAGUUGGUAACGAAGGCUACUUGGAUCUUGAUGGAAUCAACGUAACUCAGAAAGCUACUAAUGGCAUGACUUCCUUAGAUACACAAACUGAUUUCUAUGUAGGAGGACUACCUUUCUUAAACUUGGUUAAUCCCAGGGCAAUUAAGAAUGAGCCCACUGGCUUCACUGGCUGCAUUAGGGAGAUCUUUGUCAAUGGCAAAGAAUUAAAACUCAACGAGAAAGGAGCGAAAGGUGGUUCUAAUAUAGGAGACUGCGAUGGAACACCCUGUGGCUAUAGAGUAUGUAAAAACAAUGGGAAAUGUAAAGUUGUAGAGUCUGAUUUCUCUUGUUUGUGCCCCAAGCAAUGGAUAGGGAAGACAUGUGAGCGGUCUAUUUAUUGUUCACAUAGUAAGUGUCUCCAUGGAAGUGUUUGUAUACCCAACCCUGUUUUAUUUUCAUAUACGUGCGCCUGUAAACUUGGCUGGACAGGCCUGUGGUGUGAAAAACAGCUCUCAUUUUUGAUUGCAAAGUUCACAGGCAAUUCAUACAUCAAGUACAUUGAUCCCAAUUAUGAAGAGAGAGAUCUCAGAUUUACUAGGGUCUCUUUCAAUUUUACCACUGGUCAAAUGGAUGGUUUGCUCCUUUGGUUAGGAAAGGCUGAAGACGAAGAUAAUGACUUCCUUGGAGUAGGACUUGAAAACGGAAUGCUAAAAGUUGUAGUUAACUUAGGAGAAAGAAUUGCCGUCCCUCUUAUUCACCAAAGAAAGAUGCUGUGCUGCAGAAAAUGGUAUUUUGUUGACAUUGUGCAGAACUGGACUCUCAUUGAAGUGUAUCUUGAUGAGGAACUUGUUCUUUUUGAAGAUCUGGAUCCACAGAGAAAAUAUACAGUUCUAAACUAUGGGGGCAUUUGCUAUUUUGGAGGGUUUGGACUUGAUAGGAGAGUAAGUGCUGUCACCUCAGGACUAUUUAAGCAAGAACUAAUUGGUAAAAUAAAGGAUGUUGCCCUUUUUCAGGAUUCAAAAAAAAUAAAUCUAACUAAGGCACAAGGAUAUAAUAUAUAUAGUGGAGAUAAGGACUAACCAAGUAAUAGAGACAAGGCUGUAUUGUUUAUUUAAAUUUGUUAUAGUAGCUCACUCUGGUAGACUAUGGGCAAGCAGUUAUAGAUCAGGGGUGUUAAACUCAAUUUCGUUGAAGGCUGCAUCAGGAUUGUUUGACCACAUGGGGCCAGGGUGGGCAUGGCCAGCUCGACGUUACUCGCAUCAGGGGCGCCUGUGGUGGCCCGAGCACUCUGCCAGCGAAAACAGGCUCCCAAAAGUGGAGCUCACAAGGGCCACCCGCGGUCCUCCCGAGCUCCAUGUCCUGCAACCCUCUACCAGCGAAAAUGGAGCUCGCAAGGACCACCCGUGGCCCUCCCAAGCUCUGUUUUCACUGACAGAGGCACCGUGGGCCAGUCCUUCAGUUUUCAGAUCUAAGCACCCCAUGGGCUGGAUCCUGUCCCAGGCCUUCAAUUUCACACCUGUUAUAGAUGGUCCAUAAUAGAACACUUGUAAUUUGCAGCCUAUUGCUUGUCUGAUUUAUUUUUUACAAAAUAUUAAACUCAACAUGUUGCUUUCA